AACGAAUUUGGAAUCAGACACAAACAAAGUUGUAAGUUUAGAAAACAAACAUUGUAACGUAAAUAUGAAUGGGGAGUUUUUGUUUAAAUUGUAAUUUUCAAAAAUUAAUUAAUAGUUUUGACAUGAUUAAGUAAUAGAAAAUUAAUUUAACUGGCCAUGAGAUAUAAGUAUAAGUUUAAUGGUAAAGUGAAAGAAAAAUGGAAAAAUCUUUUGCCCAAGUUCGUAAAGAACUAGACGAUCUAGGCUAUACAGAAACUUUUAGGCCAGAAUGUCUACCGUUAAUUCGAAGGCUUCUUGGCGAUUUAAAAAUCACCACAGAAAGUCUAAGGAAAUACAUGAAAAUAUCUCAGCAAGCUUUAGAGGAACGUGAUAGUUUGCAACUAGGUGCUGAACCAUACAAAUGUGAUAAUGCAAAACUUAUCAAGGAAUGUAAUGAAUUGCAUUUAGCUUUUAUUCAGUUUAAGGAGCAACACGAGAAGGUUCAAAGAGAUUUGCGGACUAAAAUAAUAUCUUUAGAAAAUCAGUUAACGGAUUGUGGGAUAGAAAAGCAAAAGCUUCUCGAUAAAUUGAGAGAUUUGCAGUUUGAUCUGAAACAUCCAAUUAGUAAAGGUAAUCUUCAAAAGUCACGGGAACAGCAGUCAAAAACAAAACUGACAGAAAAAAGCAGACAAUUUCAUUUGAGUACUGCAAUGGCGUCUGCGGAAUCUAGAGUAGCAUUUUUAAGUCAACAAGUCAAGAAAUUAAAAGAUGAACAAUUGCAUUUGUUGAAAAAUAAUGAUUUUUUAAAUUCACAGCUAGAAAAUCGAAAUGAAGAAAUAAAACGAUUGAAUGCUUUAUUAGAAGGAGGAAGACCAAUUAAAGCAAUAAACAAAGACUGUUGUUAUAAAAAUAUAGACAAUAAAAUUGGAUCUCUUCAAGAUGAAAUUGACAAACUAAAGAGGGAGAAAAAUUCACUUCAGAAUCAAUUAACAGAAGCAUUAGCUAGACAACAUGAAGCCAUGAGAAGAGCCCUUAAUUUAGCAGAAAGGAAUAAACUUUUAGAGCACGAAAUGAAAGAUAUCGAUCAAAUUGCACUUACAGUGGAAGCAGAAUGUAAUAAUACAGUCAAAAGCAACUUUGAAAAAGUUACAAAAUUGCAGGAUAGUAUGAACGAGUCGUUGAUAAAAAUACAAACAUUGGAAAUGGAAAAUAAUAAAUUGAAAUUGGAAAAAAAGGAACUUAUUUCAGAGAUAGAAACUAUCAAGUUUGAAAAGAAAAAUCUGCAAAUGUUAUUGGAAACAGAAACGGAAGACAAGAAGAGAUUAACGGAUAGAAUUAAUAAUUUUACUGUUAUAGAACAAGGUUUGAAUAUGGAAAUUGACAGGCUGUUAAGGUUAUCUGGUGAACAGAAACGGAAAAUAGCAGAAUUAGAAUCUGAAGUUUUUGCUGUAAAAUUACGUUCUUCGAAUUUGGAAAAUAAGACAAUUCAUACUAGAAAUGAAGAUGCCAGUAAUAUAAUGAAAAAACAAGUGACUAGUACAAAGGAAUCUAUACAUACUAAAAAGCCAUCAUCCGGACGAAAAAUUCAUAAAAAAACAUGUAAAAAAUCUUUGACAAAAUCCGAACCCUUAGCCAAAGAAGAAUCUCAACAAAGUAAUGCCGAAAAAGAGAAAUUUUCAUCUGUUGCUUUACAGUAUGAUCCACAAAUGGGAUCUAAAUGUUGUUGUGAGGCUGGAGGCUGUGUUAAAUGGAUGAGAGAGCUAUUAGAAAAGGAUAUAAAACUGAGACAAGACCAGGCUACACAACAAAUCGAAUCAUUACGUAGUGAAAAGGAAUUCUAUCUGAAAGAAUACCAUAAAAUAUUGGAACAAAAUAAAUCGACACCACCUUUUGAAAAAUCUAGCAAGCAGGUAGAAGAGUUAAUGAACAAAAUUCGUGAUAAAGAUCAACUAAUUAGUUCUCUUCAAGAAGAUUUAAAACAAUUGACUAGCGAAAAGUACUCUUUAACGUCUAGAUUGGAAGCUCAAAGUAGGGAACUGUCUACAAUUGAUUUAGAAGAGACUUGCUCGAAAACAUGCUGCAAAAGAAAAGCAAGAGAAUUGGAAGUCCACCGUGAAGAAGUAAAACAUUUAGAAAAAGAAAAUAAUUCCUUAAAAGCAAAAAUACAGGCACUCAACGAAACUUCAGUUUUCAACGAAGAACAAAUGAAGAAGGCGUUCUUAGAUAUGGAACAACAUAUCAUCAAACUCGAAAAUGAAAGACGAGAUUUAGUAAUUACCCAAAGUAGCAGUAGAUCAAAUAUAGCUCAUUUGGAAGACGACUGUCAACAACUCAGGGAAAAACUAAAGUUAGCUCAGAUCGACGCUAAUAAUCAAAGAGCGAACUAUGACCAACUUAAAAUACUUCAUGAUCAAUCCAAUAGAGCUUUAGCCGAUACACAAACUCAAUUACUUAGAGCCGAAACGGAACUGCAAGGUUUACAGUCCAAAAUGAAUCUUAGUCAUAGAGAAUCAUCUCAUUACGAACGAGAAAUUGCGAGGUUACAGGGCGAUAUAGAGGUUAUGAAGAGUCAGUUAUCAAAAAUCGAUAAAGAAAAGGAUGAAUUAUUGAACGCUGUUGAUGAUAAAACGGAACAAAUAGAUAGAUUGGAGACGCAGUUGAAAGAAAAAAGGAAUCAGCUAAGCGCCAUGGAACUGGAGAAUAGAGAUUUAAAGAGGCAAAUGUGUAAAAUCAAUGAAGAAUCAUCUUCGCACGAAAUGGAAUCAAGAAAUUGCAGACAAACCAUACAUAUUCUCCAACAAGAUAUAGAUAAUGAGCGAAAAUUGAAAGAAGCUGCUUUACAAGAAAACAGACGUUUGCAAGACGAUCUCUCUUGCAUUUCUCUAGAUUGUCGUGAUGCAAGGAAAGAACUAGAAAUUGCUAAAAGACAAGUAGAAGAUCUUAAAAGGCAACUUCAACACUACGUAGCCGAAGUAAAACGGACAGAAGAUCUAAUAACUCAAAAAGAAUUAGAAAGAACUGAAAUAUUAGAUCAGUUCAAGAGUUUAUCGCAGGAGAAUAACGUUUUGGAAACUACCAAUCAUACAUUAGAGAGCGAGGCUACUCAAUCUAGAGUUCAAUUGUCUGUUGCUUUGGAUCAUGCGUCAGAUCUGGAAAGGAAAGUUGAAAAUCAAGAAGCUCUUAUAAAAAGUUACGAAAAACAGAUAUCAGAAUUGAGCAAUCAAGUCGCAAGUCUAGAAAUUCAACUUAAACAGGGUAGUUGUAUGAUAGAUAGAGUAUCAACUGAGCUGAAGCAACUAAAAGAUUUGUGCGUUAGGCUCGACGGUGAUAAAGAUGAUUUGAAGAAAAAAUUGAGAAACCAAGAAGAUGAAACAAUAAAAAUUGAACGCCAGGUAGACUUUCUCACAAGGGAAAAUAAAGAGCUGAAACGAGCAUUGGAAAAAGAUCAUGAUAGCCAGGAAGGUUUGGAAAGACUCUUAAAAGAAGCAAGACAAGAAGUAAUUGACCAAAGAUUAUUAAACGAAGACUUGCAGUCUGAAGUAAACAAGAUGAGAAAAAAAAUUGAUGAACUACAAGAAAGAUUAAGCUCUACUACUGAACAAUUGGAUCUCUUCCAAACAAAAGCUUUUGAAUGUAGUCAACAAAAUAAACAAUUGAGAAGGGACAUCGCAAACGAACGAUUUAGUAGAGCUAGGGAGGAUGGUGAUAAACAGUAUCCAUCACUUUAAUUUUGGUGUAAAAGAAUUGAUAUAAUGUUUCUUCAAAUUUUUUAUGUUCACAACUUGAUAUUUAUAGAAAAAAAAACAGUAAGCCAGUGCUAAUUUAUUAAAGUCACUUAUGAAUAUAAUUGGAAAACUGAUUAGAUUUUUCAAUUAUAUAAAUGUAUUUACGCUUCUAUGGAAAGGUUCCAGAAUUAUUUAAUUGUUUUCAAAUCCUGUUAUUUUUACCAACCCACACGUCGUCAAGGUCAUAUUCCCCUUGCUGAGAAACAGUGCUCACUAUUUUUGAUUUAAGCCGUCCUCGUAUACGCUUUUCCAAAAAGUGAAGCAACCUGACUGUAGACCGAUUUUAGGGAACCGAAAAAUCCGACAUCUAGUGGUUGUAAGUUCUAAUGGCAAACUAACAAGAUGGAUAUCAUUUUCCCUAUAAAAAUAUAUGGCUUCGAGAUUGUAUGUGAAGAAUGAUUGUCCAGAACUAAAGCACCAGAUUUUCGAUAUUCGACCGUACAUAGUUUUGAACACUCACAAUUUUUGGAAUUCUAUUGGGAACUGUUAGCAUCCCAGUUUUAUCCAUAUUAAAAAUCCAAUGGUGCGCACUAAGCUUACUUUUUCCGGUUGUCUCAUAGCUAAAAAUUAUAUUUUUGGCAAAACGUUGUUAUCCAUUUCUUCCCAACAACUUAGGUUGUCUUAUUAAAAGGAUGAUUCAACUUCAAUUCCUCUGCGAAUUGAUAUACAACUGCUUGUAAUUCCUUUAUUGCCAACCCGUAAAAACGUUGAUCCGACUGUUUUAUUUUGUUUACUAAAUCAAGUUCUUGCUUCAAAUCAAAAACGGGCUUAAACGACCUAAAGAUGUGGGAAUAUGAUUUCAACCGUAUUCUCUGGCUAAGCAUCUUCUGGACUGUCCAUUGUUAAUGUUUUCUUUUAUUUCAUCCAAAAUUUUCUGUGUAAAUUACAAUUUGAUAGAUAAUUGAAGUUACAAAGGUCUUCGUCAUUACAACUUUGAGUUACAGAGGUGCGAAUUCCAAAUUAUUCCUUUAAGUUAUAGAGGAGUCGUAUUUUAAGUAAAAGAGGUUCUGGGAACACAACAUUUUAUGAAUUUAUGGAGGUUAUUACGUUAUCGAGUUUUAAGUUAUUAAGGUUUUACUAUAUUUUUAUAAAUUUGACAUUUAUUGAUCGUUUUCUAAUAAUAAUAUAAUCAGUCUCACAAUAUUAUCAAAUGUUCAUUUAUUCGAAAAUUAUAUAAACACUACUUUUGUCCUACGUUCAAAUUUAUUCCAAAUAGUACUGGUUUUUUGUUUUUCUAGUUUUGUUAAAAAUUAUUGUGCUUUUACAUAUUUCACACUUUUUUUACAUUCUUUUCUUCAUUCUUAAAACACAUUAAAUCCUUUUCAAACUUAAAACACUUACUUAAAUUGGAUGUAUUUAAUAUUGCUAAUAUUCCAUUUUGAUUGAAAAAGUUCACUUUAACCACAAUGAUUGAUCAAAAAAGAACUAUAAUUCGCAAGUGUAAAUGAAUAUUUUUAGAACCAAAACAUACUUUUGUGGCUUGAUAUUAAGCUUUUUACAUUGGAUACCUAAUAUACAAGAGUUGUCUGAAAAGUUUUCGACAUAACAAAGAAACAAGAAAUUUUUUACAAUCACUUUUUUAAUUUUUCAACUUUUAAGUCUAUACACUUAGUUCUCCGAUACCUUUUUAACCCUUUUAAAUAGGCAUUUACGUCUGAUGAAAACCUCACUCCUGGAAGUGAAACUUUAAGGUUAGUAAAUAAGAAAAAGUCAAUAUCGAUAGUGAAUACAGUGGGCGAUCUACCAAUUCGAAGUGUAAUUCGUGGAUUUUAGAUAUCGCAAUCAAGUGUGAGAACGUCGCUUUUUUGCAAUUUCUCCCUUUACCUCAUCUAAUCUCCUGUUAUUGUUUCACCUUUUUGAAGAUAGUUGAUUAACACAAAAACCGUCACAUCACUUUUCUGACCAACGAAACAUUCUUUACCUUUUUGGAGCAGGUUCUCUCUUUGCAAUCCACUGUCUUGGCUGUUUUAACAUUUCAAGAGGGUAGCGGCGGAUCCAUGUUUCAUCCACAGUUAUAAAUCGACUCAAAAAAUCCUACUUAUUUUGCAUCAAUAAGGCUUGGAAAAUCUUCAUUUGAAUGCGCUUAUGGUCCUAACGUGUCCUAACGGUCGUUCAGUACCAUUUGGUUAACUUGUUCGACGACAUCGCUGAUUGUCGUCAGUGAAGCUGAUAGGGUCACGUUUGAAUUCAUGUACUCAAAAUUUAACGAUUGUAAAUAAUGGUGUGGAGUCUUUUCUUUUAUUUGCGUAUGCGUAUUUUCUUGCAAAAACAAACACUAUUUAAUACAUAUUUUUGGAAAAAUAUUCACAACGACGACUCACUCAUACUAUUGUCAAACACAAACUAUGUGUCAAAAAUAUUUUUCCCUCUUUAUACUGAUAGGCAAGCUCUGACAUCUUUAGGCUGAAGUCGGAAACUUUUUAGACAACAGUCUUAUAUGUUUAGGAUUGAUUUUACUUAAAUACUUUUCUUCCGCACUAGUUUCGUUUAACUAGAAAAAAAUAUUUAACAAUAAAAAAUAAGAGUAUACAAGUUUUUCUUGUCCAUCUGUCAAAAAUGUUGCUACCAAUUCAAAAAUUUUAGGGUCGUCAUAAAAUUGACAUUGGCUAGAUAAUCUUCCAGACCUCAAUCACAAAGCAGACUGAUAAGUUUUAUAUAAUAUGCGUAAUAAAGUUGUAUGUAAUUUCAUACUUAUUACUUGACAUUUUAAUUCGAAUAGGCUAUUAAUUCAGUUAGUAUCAUGUAAAAAGUGAUUUUAAUUCAAUUGAAUGACUUAUUGGAAGAGAAGAAUGUUUAAAAAAUGUGUUACUAUCGAUAAUAUCCAAGAUUGAAAUAAGGAACCCUUUCAGAGCGAAGUAUGGUUAUUUUACUACUUAUAAACAAUUGUACUAAUAAGAAUUAUUAUCAAUCUAUCCUACAUUUCAUUUUCUGUAAUAUGUUUCUCCUUUUUUCGGUCAUCCUCAAAUUAACAGCUCUCUGUAUUUUAUUAUUGUCAGUAGACCAAGAGCUCAUUAACAUGGUUUGAUUCCUUGUACAAUAUUAUAUAAUAUAUUCAAUUGACUCACUUUUUAGUUACUUUUAAAAAGCAUUAUUUUAAUCCUUAAAGCUAAGUACAAAAAUAAUUGAUUUUAUUGAAAACUGAGAUUUUGGUGUAUUAUCAGACCUUAUCGAUGUUAUCUAUAAAAUAAGUCCAAAAGUUUUUAUACUAAUUUUUUGUAAGACUAAAUAAUUUGUAUAUUCUUAACGAUGGAGGUUGAUGUGUCCGCUGUCACAUCAACAAACGUCCACUAUUGCUACAAACAUCAGAAUAUAUCGCUACUAAUGGAUUUUGACGUACCAUUAUUAAUUUAUUAAUUUUAUUCUUUUCCUUGCUCUACAGGAGUUAUUAUAUUGAUGUUAAUGUCGUAUUAGAAUAUCAUUUUAACUUAUAUGUAAUGGAAUUUUACAAGAACAAGAUGUAUUUUAUAAAUUAAGUUUUAUUAUAAAAUUUUUAAAAUAUUUUUAUAUUAAUUUAUAGUAUGUGCCUUAAUUUAUGUGAAAUCGCUAUUAAACUAAUAUAUAUCUAUCAUUUUAAUAAAAUUAUACAAU